GUGUGUGUGUGUGUGUGUGAUUAGUCGUAGUGCGAGGCCCCUCGAUGGAUAGCCUGGACCCUGAGAGCCUGUAUGCGUCUCCAGAGCAGACGGGACAGCCCCUCCCCACCUCCGAGGUCUCCAACUUGGCACUAGGGGGGAACAAAUUGCAGUGCCGGUUCGACAUGUGUGAGCCCCGCAGCUUCUUGGGUUUUGAAGUGAAUGCGCACGUUAACGGUAGCAUUGCUACAGCCUAUGCAUAUGGGAAGAAGAUGAACGGGUCUCUGGAUCACCCCGACCAGCCAGACGUUGAUGCCAUCAAGAUGUUUGUGGGGCAGAUCCCUCGCUCCUGGUCGGAGGAGCAGCUGCGGGAGCUGUUCGAGCCGUAUGGAGCCGUCUACGAGAUUAAUGUCCUCCGAGACCGCAGCCAGAACCCUCCGCAGAGCAAAGGCUGCUGUUUCAUAACGUACUAUACUCGCAAAUCAGCCCUGGAAGCCCAGAAUACACUGCACAACAUGAAGAUUCUCCCAGGGAUGCACCACCCAAUCCAGAUGAAGCCCGCUGACAGUGAGAAAAACAAUGCAGUGGAAGACAGAAAGCUGUUUAUUGGAAUGAUCUCCAAGAAGUGUAACGAGAACGACAUCCGGCUGAUGUUCUCUCCGUACGGACAGAUAGAGGAGUGCCGGAUACUGAGGGGCCCCGACGGACUCAGCCGGGGUGAGUCAUAU